AUGGCGAUGGUCGCGCGAAAGAAGAGCAAGAGACGGUCGAAGGCCGGCCGAGAUGAGAAGACUAAGGGCAGCAGCAGCAACACUGAGAAGGUGGUGUUGUGCGAGCAGCCGACCGAGGAGAAGGAGGUAGAGAUCACAGUGCAGGAGGUGAUGGUAGAUCAGGGCAAGCGGCGGUGGCGGGAGUCGCGGAGGCUGAUGUUUACGUUGGGGGCAGUUCUAGGGCUGCUGCUGGCGCUGUACUUCGGGACAGACGUGCAUAAGCAGACAUACGAGGGCCUGGAUCGGAUCGUGAACUUUGAGACGUUCCAGGACUAUUUCGUGGACUGGAAGGAGGUGGUGCCCACGAACAUCCUGUCGCUUGUGACCGACUUCCAGCUGCGGAAUACGCGCAGCGCGUCGCUGCAGGACCUGACGACAUCGUUUGCGAUCGGGCGGCAGCUGCAGCGGGACCACGAGCUCUGCGACAAGCACCCGGUGGUGAUGGUGCCGGGAGUGACUUCGACGGGCAUUGAGUCGUGGGGCUUGUACAAGGACGCAGAGUGCGACAGCGAGCCGCACUUCCGCAGGCGCCUUUGGGGCUCGUUUUACAUGCUGAAGACGAUGGUGCUGGACAAGGCUUGCUGGCUGCGGCAUGUGAUGCUGGACCCCGAGACCGGCCUGGACCCGCCCAACUACAAGCUCCGCGCGGUGCAGGGCUUCGAGGCUGCGGACUUCUUCAUGGCCGGCUUCUGGAUAUGGAACAAGAUCCUGCAGAACCUGGGGGCGAUAGGGUACGAGCCCAACAAGAUGGUCACUGCCGCGUACGAUUGGCGGCUUGCGUUCCUCGACCUGGAGCGCCGGGACCGCUACUUCUCCAAGCUCAAAAUGCAGGUGGAGAUGAUGUACGACGCGACGGGGGAGAAGAGCGUGCUGGUGGGCCACUCGAUGGGGUCCCAGAUCAUCUUCUACUUUCUCAAGUGGGUCGAGGCCGAGGGCGAGCUCUACGGCAACGGCGGCCCCGGCUGGGUUGAGAAGCACAUCGACUCCUUCGUCAACGUCGCCGGGACGCUGCUGGGCGUGCCCAAGGCAAUGCCGGCCCUGCUCAGCGGCGAGAUGAAAGACACCAUAGACCUCAACGCGCUGGCCAUGUACGGGCUCGAGAAGUUCUUCAGUCGCAAAGAGCGCCUCGACCUGCUGCGCUCCUGGGGCGGCAUCCCGUCCAUGAUCCCCAAGGGCGGCAACCUAAUAUGGGGUAACAUGACCUACUCAGUGGAGGACGUGCUCCACAACAACACCGACACAUACGGCAACUUCAUCCGCUUCAACAAGCCGCAGGGCCCGCUCUCCAGCCGGAACCUCACCAUGGAGGACGCAAUCGACUACAUCUUCGAGCUCGCUCCCGGCUGGCUGGGCCGCCGCGCCACCGACCAGUAUUCCUUCGGCUACGCCACGUCCCCCGAGCAGAUGCAGCUCAAUGAGCGCCACCACGCCCACUGGUCCAACCCGCUCGAGGUCCCGCUCCCCCGCGCGCCCAGCAUGAAGCUCUACUGCCUCUACGGCGUCGGCAACCCCACCGAGCGCGCCUACGUCUACAAGGAGGAGCGCAAGAUCUCCUCGCUCAAUGUCACCAUCGACUACGAGAGCGACACGCCUGUUUUCUUCAGCGACGGCGACGGCACCGUCCCCGUCCUCACCCACGCCAUGUGCCACAAGUGGGCCGAGGGCGUCUCCCCCUACAACCCCGCCGGCAUCAACGUCACUAUCGUUGAGAUGCAGCACCAGCCCGACCGCUUCGACAUCCGCGGCGGCGCCAAGAGCGCAGAGCACGUCGACGUCCUCGGCCGCGCAGAGCUCAACGAGUACAUUCUCCGCAUUGCCGCCGGCCACGGCGCGUCGAUUCAGCCCCGCUUUCUCACCGACAUGGCAGACUGGGUCGCGCGUUUGAACUUUCCGCUCUAG